UGGCGUCUAUUAAAUAAAAAAACUGUAUUAUAAUUCCUGUCAUAAACAAAAUUGAAAAGCAUAAAAACCAAAGAAAUUGAGCCAUCAACCAGCAGCGGCGCAAAGUUGUGUGGACAUGGAGACAACGCUAUCCGAUGAGUAGAAUUACAGUUUUGCAUAGCAUCUAACCUGCUGGUUAUACUGGAAUUACAUAUUUCAAUAAAUAGUAAACGAACUCUCGUAGCUUUUCGUGUGAAGCUGUAGAUUGACAGGUUUACAGCAGUAAUGAUUAAUGUUAAUUGUAAUAGAUCAUUAAAAUUUAAAUCAAAUGGUUGCAAAUUUAGUUAUCAUAUUGAUAAUUCUUUCAAUAUAUUAUGUUUACACGAAUCAUAACAGAGAGUUUACGGCGACCGCGUCAGCUAUCCAACAGAUCUGGUCCGGCACGUGUAGACUAUCAUGUCGUCAGAGUAGGUACAGUGGGUACAGUGGGUUGAGUGGAAUAGUCUCAGGCCGGAACACCGAGUCAUCAUACUUGUCUUCCGUGCGCACUGGGUCGACUGCUGUAUGCGUAUGCGAUUCAUGUCCGUGCGAGCUCGUUGAAAACGUUCUCAGAACCUGUAGUCCAGCCACGAAUGUUUACACCAGAACAAUUGAAUUCGUAUCUGAUUGUUAUUACGAUUUGGUCAAAACCUUGUGUGACUUCUUCAAUUAUAUAGACCAAGUGAUGCGCUGCGGCGUCACAUGCCAGAGACAACCUCAGAUGUUGCCUGUAAGCCGUCUUAAUUCUAUAGGCCACAUAAGUUUCGGUUCAACGAAAGAGGAAGAUGAAAAAGAAAGACCCAUCAAAAACAUAUUAAAGCCGACUACGUUCACAUUUCCAAAGAAGCCCGAAUUAGACGACUUUGAGUACAAAGCUACGAGUUCCAGAACUUCCGAAAGCACAGCAAUAAGUCUAGACAUUGACACAAAAAUAUCCGCGAAAAGUCCUGCAGGAUCGGAACAAUUGUCGAAUAGUUGUUCGAAAUGUAUAGAAACGGGUAAAACUUGUAUCGGUUCGUGUCCACGACAGAAAAAGAAAUAAAAAUGUAAACACGUUAAAUGUA